ACAAGCUGCCCACACAAUCCAGUCGCCCCUGUGGGUGGCAGAGACCCAAGCACUGGAGCCAUUAAUCUACUUCCUCCCAGAAUACACAGCUGCAGGAAGCUGGAUCAGAAGUAGUGGCGUGAGGACUUUUAUCAGUAUUCCCAACAUGGGAUAUAGGCGUCCAAAAGGCAUCUUAACUACUAGAGAUGCUGGCUUGGUCUGGCAGGUGUACUCUUCAUUCUCUCUCUUCAUUAAACAUGCUUACCGCUACACACACACACUAACACCCCCCAACAUCAUGCUUCGCCAAAUGCCUGCACCAGUACAAUAUUAUAAUUCCACCUUUCCAGGACUUUCUGAGGUCUUCCGCCACUAACUCCAAAGGGAAGAGAUUUGUAUCCAUUUUGCUGUUCACUGUCCAAAAUCUAAAACAGUACCCGGUACGACCUUCAAACAUUUUUGUUGGAUUCACGAAUAUGAGCCAUGAAAUUGACCAAACAGGCUACCUAUCUCAAGAUAUGUGGUCAUAAUGCUGAGAGGUUAAAGAAUUAAAAUGUAAUUUCUGCGCUCCAUGGCCACGCCGGAGCCUCCUAAUCGGCCGAGGCUUUGCACAGGAUCAUGCGAUGGAACAGUUCAUCUGAGGCUGCGUUAAUCAACAUAACAGAUACCUAGGGUUCCUGUAAACGAUGUUUUAUCCCUUGUGGAAUUGUAUGGGAACUCGUGAAGGUGAGGUCACACCUUGUCACUUAUUCUUUCCUCGCCUCGAAAAUAUUACGAGGAAAUUUUUUGCUUCACUUCCUCACUUAUUUCCUCUUCCUAUAAUCCAAAUAGUCAAGUGACUGAGAAUGGUUUCGUCCAAGGGGAGCGUGAAUAGUAUAAGGAUCAGGAGUCUGCGUAGUGAAAGGCUCGCUGGAGCUGGCGCAUGCGCAUCUUCUGCAAAAUGGCUGCUAGCCAUUUUGUCGCGCGUCGGCGUUCUGAGGAGUUACCGGCAGCAGCGACUGCAGGCGCCAGAGACUGAGCGGUGGGGACUUCCUGCCCUGUUGCGUGAGCCGAUGAGACCCACGAGUGCAACUCCACUAGGAAGCUAAAGGCGGGGCGGAGCUGUGGCAACCCCCACCCCAAGCUUUCCGUAGUUCGACUGGCACCGUCACACUUCCCUCCCAGUUUUUGCUCACUGCCCGCUACACGCUGACCUACUGCGCAGGCGCACGACCAGCCGAACCGCCUCCUUGGCCCUUGAGGCUUGAGGGCUGCUGCGCGCGCUUCUCGGUCUCCUCCUGUGAUUGGUCAGAUUGCCCCGCCAUCACGCCUCCCUGUGCUUUCAAGGUUGGGAAGGAAGCGAAGGGGCGGGGCUAAGCGGCGCGUGCGCGAUACUGUUGCUGUCCCUUUGCUGCUAUUGCGUUGCAAAAAAAAUCCUGACUAGGUAGCCGUGGGCCUUUUCUCCGCUAGAGAAUCUAAAAGAGAAAGAUUUCUGCAACUGAAGGGCGGUCGGGUAGUAUUAAAUUUAAGAUAUUAACGCCCGCCCUGGCUCACAGGAGUGUGUGUGGGGAUAGGGGUGGGGAAAGGCCGUAGCCGAAAGUGUAAGAUAGUAGUCUCGGGGCCAGACGUUUUGAACGGCUUUGCAGGUCCUAUUUUCUGCGUAAUUCUUUCGUGAUUACUGACUGGUCUAAACACUACCCCCUUGAACAACAUUGAUAAGCCCGCAGCCCCUCCUUGCAGCGUGUAGGAGACGCCAGCGUGCCCGGCAGUAGCCCUCCCCCCCACUCCAGAAGAGCCUCGCGCGUGCACCAUCCCCACCCCUUGGCCUCCCUCCCCACCUACGGCUUUCACGCACUCGCAGUGAUUGUUUUGCCGCUCCCGCUCCCGCCGCCGCCGUCGCCGCCGCGGCCGCCGGAGAAGCAGCAGCGCUUGUGCAAACCGGGAAGAUGGCGGCCGGCGGCGGCGGAGGCAGCAGUAAGGCCUCCUCCUCGUCGGCCUCUUCGGCGGGGGCUCUGGAGUCCUCGUUGGAUCGAAAAUUCCAGUCGGUAACCAACACCAUGGAAUCCAUUCAAGGCUUGUCGUCUUGGUGUAUAGAGAACAAGAAACACCACAGUACUAUCGUCUACCAUUGGAUGAAGUGGCUCCGGAGAUCUGCAUAUCCCCACCGUUUGAAUCUCUUUUACCUUGCCAAUGAUGUCAUACAGAACUGUAAAAGGAAAAAUGCAAUCAUAUUCCGUGAGUCGUUUGCUGAUGUGCUUCCUGAAGCAGCUGCUCUAGUAAAAGAUCCAUCUGUUUCUAAGUCUAUAGAACGAAUCUUUAAAAUCUGGGAAGAUAGAAAUGUGUACCCAGAAGAAAUGAUUGUGGCAUUGAGAGAAGCUUUGAGUACAACUUUCAAAACUCAGAAGCAGCUGAAAGAAAAUCUGAACAAACAACCGAAUAAGCAGUGGAAGAAAUCACAAACAUCCACAAAUCCAAAAGCUGCUCUCAAGUCUAAGAUAGUUGCUGAAUUUCGAUCUCAGGCCCUCAUUGAAGAGCUGUUACUAUACAAGCGCUCAGAAGAUCAGAUAGAACUGAAGGAAAAGCAGCUAUCAACUAUGAGGGUGGAUGUGUGCAGCACAGAAACUCUCAAAUGCUUAAAAGAUAAAACAGGAGGGAAAAAGUUCUCCAAAGAAUUUGAAGAGGCAAGUUCCAAGCUGGAGGAAUUUGUGAAUGGAUUAGAUAAGCAGGUGAAAAAUGGGCCCUCACUAACAGAAGCACUGGAAAAUGCUGGAAUUUUCUAUGAAGCACAGUACAAAGAAGUAAAAGUAGUAGCCAAUGCAUAUAAAACCUUUGCUAACCGAGUUAACAAUUUAAAGAAAAAAUUGGAUCAAUUAAAGUCAACUCUUCCUGAUCCUGAAGAAUCACCAGUUCCUUCCCCAAGCAUGGAUGCUCCCUCCCCAACUGGUUCUGAGUCUCCUUUUCAAGGGAUGGGAGGUGAGGAAUCCCAUUCACCAGCUGUGGAGAGUGAGAAAUCUGCCACCCCUGAACCUGUGACAGAUAAUCGUGAUGUGGAAGACAUGGAACUCUCAGACGUGGAAGAUGAUGGAUCAAAAAUCAUUGUGGAGGACAGAAAAGAAAAACCUGUGGAAAAGUCAGCUGUAUCCACUGCUGUACCUACAAAGCCAACUGAGAGUAUCUCAAAGGCCUCUCCAUGUACCCCAGUGCCUGUGACCAUGACAGCAACCCCACCUCUUCCAAAGCCUGUGAAUACUUCUCUUCUGUCCCCUUCCCCAGGGUUGGCUUUGCCAAACCUGGCCAAUGUGGAUCUAGCAAAGAUCAGUUCCAUCCUUAGCAGCCUGACAUCGGUCAUGAAAAACACUGGGGUCAGUCCUGCAUCAAGACCUUCUCCAGGAACUCCUACCAGUCCCAGCAACCUCACCAGUGGUCUGAAAACACCUGCACCUGCUACAACAACAUCUCACAACCCUCUGGCAAAUAUCCUCUCCAAGGUGGAAAUCACCCCAGAGAGCAUUCUGUCUGCUCUUUCCAAAACCCAGACACAGUCAGCCCCUGCGCUGCAAGGCCUAUCAUCUUUGCUCCAGAGUGUUACUGGGAACCCAGUUCCAGUCAGUGAAGCUGCACCCCAGAGCACGUCGUCCUCCCCUGCCAACACCACAGUCUCCACCGUAAAGGGAAGAAAUCUGCCCUCCAGUACCCAAUCAUUUAUUUCCAAAAGCUUCAACUAUUCUCCUAAUUCAUCAACUUCCGAAGUCUCUUCAACUUCAGCCAGCAAGGCCUCAAUUGGGCAAAGCCCUGGGCUCCCAAGCACUACUUUUAAACUACCAUCCAACUCUCUGGGGUUUACAGGUACCCACAGUACUAGCCCUGCUGUCCCACCUACUGAAGUUGCCAUGUGCCAAUCCUCAGAGAUCUCCAAGCCAAAGCUGGAGUCAGAGUCCACCUCCCCAAGCCUGGAAAUGAAGAUCCACAACUUCUUAAAAGGUAAUCCUGGUUUCAGUGGCUUAAAUUUAAACAUCCCAAUCCUGAGCAGUUUGGGGUCCAGUGCCCCAUCAGAGAGUCAUCCCUCAGACUUCCAGCGUGGCCCUACUAGCACCUCAGUCGACAACAUUGAUGGAACCCCUGUACGGGAUGAACGGAGUGGGACACCCACCCAGGAUGAGAUGAUGGACAAGCCCACAUCCAGCAGUGUAGAUACCAUGUCCCUGCUUUCUAAGAUCAUUAGCCCUGGUUCCUCAACACCUAGCAGUACAAGAUCACCACCCCCUGGGAGAGAUGAAAGCUACCCCCGGGAGCUCUCCAAUUCUGUAUCUACAUAUCGGCCUUUUGGCCUGGGCAGUGAAUCUCCUUAUAAGCAGCCUUCUGAUGGAAUGGAGAGACCAUCUUCCCUGAUGGACUCUUCACAGGAGAAGUUCUAUCCAGAUACUUCUUUCCAAGAAGAUGAAGAUUACCGAGAUUUUGAGUACUCAGGGCCUCCACCCUCCGCCAUGAUGAACCUAGAGAAGAAGCCAGCCAAAUCGAUUCUGAAAUCAAGCAAGCUUUCUGAUACCACUGAGUUCCAGCCAAUCCUGUCCAGUUACAGCCACAGGGCCCAGGAGUUCGGGGUAAAGUCUGCCUUGCCUCCAGCUGUGAGGGCCCUCCUGGACUCCAGUGAGAACUGUGAACGACUCUCGUCUUCCCCUGGGCUGUUUGGUGCCUUCAACAUAAGAGGGACUGAACCUGGGUCUGAGCGGUCACCAUCACCAAGUAAGAGUGACUCGUUUUUCGCCCCCGACUCCAACCACAAUAGCUUGUCUCAGUCUACCACUGGGCAUCUCAGUUUGCCACAGAAGCAGUACCCAGACUCUCCUCACCCAGUCCCACACCGUUCCCUUUUCUCUCCGCAGAGCACCCUUGCCACUCCCACGGGCCACCCAUCCACGUCAGGCGUGGAGAAGGUUCUGGCCUCCACCAUUUCCACCACGUCGACAAUUGAGUUUAAGAAUAUGCUUAAAAACGCCUCACGCAAGCCCUCAGAUGAUAAGCAUUUUGGCCAGACCCCCAACAAGGGCACUUCAAGUGAUGGUGUUGGUCUCUCAAACCUCGCCCAGCCCAGCUUGAGCGCCACUGAUUCACAGCAACAAGAAGAGCACUACCGCAUCGAAACCCGCGUCUCUUCCUCCUGCCUAGACUUGCCUGAUAGCACAGAAGAAAAGGGCGCCCCCAUAGAAACCCUGGGUUAUCAUAAUGCUUCCAACAGGAGGAUGUCAGGGGAGCCGAUCCAGACCGUAGAGUCCAUCCGAGUUCCUGGGAAGGGAAACCGAGGACAUGGGCCUCGUGAGGCCUCAAGGGUGGGUUGGUUUGAUCUGAGCACAUCAGGCAGCACUUUUGACAAUGGCCCCUCAAGUGCCUCUGAGUUGGCGUCCCUUGGGGGUGGGGGCAGCGGAGGCCUCACUGGCUUUAAAGCAGCACCGUACAAGGAACGGGCGCCUCAAUUUCAGGAGAGUGUCGGCAGCUUUCGUUCCAGCAGUUUCAACUCAACAUUUGAGCAUCAUCUCCCCCCGUCCCCCUUGGAACACGGGACGCCCUUCCAGAGAGAGCCAGUGGGGCCGUCAUCUGCCCCACCUGCCCCUCCUAAGGAUCAUGGUGGUAUCUUCUCUCGAGAUGCACCCACUCAUCUGCCCUCUGUGGAUCUUUCGAACCCCUUCGCGAAGGAGGCAGCCCUGACCCAUGCUGCCCCGCCCCCUCCUCCUGGAGAGCACAGCGGAGUUCCUUUCCCUGCCCCACCCCCUCCUCCUCCCCCUGGGGAACAUAGCAGUGGUGGAAGUGGUGUCCCCUUUUCUACUCCACCCCCGCCUCCACCCCCUGUUGACCACUCUGGGGUUGUGCCCUUCCCAACCCCACCAUUAGCAGAACACGGAGUGGCAGGGGCUGUGGCAGUGUUUCCCAAGGACCAUAGUGCCCUCCUUCAGGGGGCCCUGGCUGAGCAUUUCGGGGUACUCCCAGGACCCAGGGACCAUGGGGGCCCCACCCAACGGGACCUCAACGGCCCUGGCCUUAGUCGUGUCCGCGAGAGCCUGAGCCUACCCUCCCAUUCUCUGGAGCACCUGGGCCCAGCCCAUGGAGGAGGAGGUGGGGGGAGCAGCAACAGCAGCAGUGGCCCCCCCUUGGGUCCCUCACACAGAGACACCAUCGGCCGGAGUGGUAUGAUUUUACGGAGUCCCCGGCCAGACUUUCGGCCUAGGGAACCUUUUCUCAGCAGAGACCCGUUCCACAGUUUAAAGAGACCCAGGCCACCUUUUGCUAGGGGCCCUCCGUUCUUUGCACCAAAACGCCCAUUCUUCCCUCCCAGGUACUGAUGGAAACCAAGGGAAAGGCAUUCUGAACAGUCUAGAGAGCAAUGGAAGUAGGAGUUUGGUUUAAUGCUGUUUUUGUUUUUCCUCCCUUGAUUUUUUUAUUAUUAUGACAGAGGGCCUCCCUUCUAAAUUAACAAGUCACAUAUGCUUACAUUUUACUAUUCCAUCCAGUCCUUCCCACUGCACUUAUCUACCUUCCCCAAGUUGUUUGCAUUUAAAGGAAGGAAAAAUCACAACGUAAAGCCACUCUGUUUGGCUGGGGGCUUGGGGAGUGGGGAGGCAGGUGACAUUUCUUUGACCCGGUCUACUGAAGAGUAUAUUACAUUUGAAAUAAAACUUCCAUCAGUGCAGAUGACAACACUUGCAAUGUUGGGCUUGAUUUACCAUGUAGUCUACGGAAGGAUUCCUGUCCCCUUCUCUCUCCAGCUGAGAAACUGCUGUAACCAGGGCUUGGGCCCUGCUGACAGCCAAGAAGUUGCAAGGAAGAGGGGAAGACCUUGAGCCUGUCAAGUUCAUUUCUUUUGUUUUUCAAGGCACGUUGAAGUUGAAUUCUUUACCCUUCUAAAAUCUUAAUUUUUUCUUUUCUUAAGUCAGCCUCUUACUCUUAUGUACUAUCAGGCAAUACAAGCCUCAUUCUGUCCUGGUAGAAAUUUUUCUCUUUGUCCUGGAAUGAGAGAGGAGGCCAGUUAUAAUUUCAAACAAGGAAUGACUACAGUAUGUGGAGUUAGGGAAAGAACCAUUAAUUAUGCGAUGUGAUAUGACUUGCCUAUCCUUUGUAAACAGGAAAGAGUAGAAAGCGUUUUGAGACUUUCACACAUAUUGCACCACCCUCUAGCCUCCUGCUUUUUCUCCCUCAGUUUUCAUUCCUACUUUGGCUAGAAAGUCAGUCACUGUGAUGGGCAGUUGAUUCAAAGGUGCAACUGAACUAUCCCUACAGUUUCUCAUAUAAGAAGUGGACAUAGUUUUACCAUGGUGCCUCCCUAAUGCAUUACUUGUUAGUGGUUUUCAGCGACGUUAACUAAUAGAGAAAAGAAAACAUUUAUCUUUAUCUUCCUUUUCCCUUGCCUCAGUCCUGUGUCGUCGUACCCCCCCCCCAUGCCCACCCCAUUGCUGGGAUUUCAGACGAGAUACUUAUGUUAGCCCUCUUCAGAGGCAGCUGAGUAUUGCCACCUGCACCUUUGCAGGGCAACCAGAGGCCCUGCUGAGUGCACUGUGCCCUACCCUGCCAACUGCAGCCUGCCACACUUCAAGGCUCCCAGCCCCGAGCAGUAGGGAAGGUUUCUGCUCUUAGUCGAUGUACACAACAGGGGUGUGCGUUCCUUCUCCUGGACUGGAAGGCUUGUUUGUAUUUCUACAGCUAGUGCUGGGGAAGAAGACAACCACUGUACUUGUACUGUUUGUUUCUAGGGAAUGCUGAAAAGCCAAUACCGCUCUACUCAACACUGUUUGCAUACAGUGUUUUACUCCGUGGUUCACACUCAUAAUCUACAACUGAAUAAGUAAAAGUAUGUUUUGAGUUUCUGAGGGAAUCCUAGCGAGUUUGAUGUAUUUUUCUGCCAACUUAAUGUGGAGCUAACAGCAGGAGUCACGGGAGUUGCUUGGGGUUCAUCUAGCAGAAUAUGAAAGUUGAGGGAGGGUGUGCAAUGUAGUGACAGGUGAUUCUUUGUAUAAACUUGCUUUUCAGAGAAAGAGCAGCUUAAAACGGGUAUGCAGCAUAGCUUGGGAGUUUUUGUGUAAUUUAUCCGUGUUACUGAUGGGAACUCACCAUGUGUUCUGUGAUUAGGAUGCUGCAAGUCUCCGAAUGCAUAUGUGGUCUUCCUUUGACCCUCUCAGGCCUCUCUGCCCUGUGGCUCUCCCUACAGAAAUGCAUGAUACCAUGAUCUUGUGUGGGGGAUGGGGUACAUAGUGUAGCAAAGCAAAGGAAGUAUAGUUAUAUUGAGUCCUAUGACAUUUGUUUAGGGAAAAACGUGAGACACAGAGUGGGGUGGAGGGUGGGGGGGUUCUAUUUGACUUUCAGAACUGAAAUAGAUUUUAAUUUUGCAGAAAUUAAGUGGGUGGUUUUUCAUCCUAGUUAAAGAAUGUGAAUUAUUUCUGCUGCUCUUGUUUAAGCUAAAAGUAGUGUUUACUUGGAAAGGCUCUCUGACCGUUUGGUUUUACCAGGAAAUGUGGGGAUGUCAGGAACUGGCGUCCUGGAUGCUGGGGCAGGGUAACCGUCCUCACAAGUGUGGUGGCUGAUACACGAAAGGAAAACUUUGUUGUACACUUGAAAAGGUGGACCCAGGGGGUUGUUUGUUUGUUUGUUUUCUUUUUUAAUGUGUGUAUGUGUGUGUGAGGUGUUUUCUUUUUUUUUUUUUAAGCCACAAAAUCCUCAGUGUGUUUAUUUCAGGAUGGAAGUGAGGAUUUGUAUGAAACUGUCAGCUAUUCAUUUUAAGGAAAUCUUUCUACAGCAGUCAAUGACGAUGACAAUGUAUAUAUGUGAUAUAGUGACACAAAAAAAGACAGUUCUGGUAUUCAUAAUAUGAAAGGGGUUUUAUUCUCUCUGUGUCUGUGAUUUAAAACUCCGUGACCAUGCUCUGACUUUUGUAUUUCAACCUGAGUUAAAAAAAUAAACAAGAUAUUUUUUAAAGAAAGCAUAGCAUAGUGUGUCUUGGCGAGGCAUGAUUCAUGGGAAAGCAGAAUGUGAGUUGUUACUGAGGUCCUUGGUGCCCACUGUAAAAUCACAGACCGAGGAUCGGCGGGGUCAUGAGGACACUGGUACCACUUAGACUCAGUGAAGCAGUGUCAGAAACAGGGCUCUCUGGGAUUCUGUAAGAGUUCCUUCUUCAGCCUGCUGAGAGCUUUCCCUGCUGCCCUCUGCUCUCCCCCAAGUCAAGAGUAAAUAGCGCUUGGUUUGAUUCCAGGGAGGGUGAAGUGAGCAGAGUAGGGCUUUUAUCCUUUCUGAAACCAGGAAUACAAUGUGUGAUAUACAUGGUACAGAAAACCUAUCUAGAUAAUGUGAAUAUGCUAAACUUCCUAACUGCAAGAUAGUCACUAUCCUGAAAUUACCGGUUCAUGCAGAAUUAAGCUGAAGCUGAUAUUGUUUUGAAGCCGCUGUAAAUUACUGCUUCUCCCCCUCCCAUUUUUUCCUUUUUUCUUUAAUGAGUGGGGGUGCCUGUUAAGAUUAAAAUUAGAUAUGUUGGAUUGAUAUUCUCACGUGUUCAGUGUGGAAGCAAAACAAGUACAUGCUUUAGAGGCAACAGCAAAUCCUUUUUUGAAAUGUGUAUUAACAUCAUUUAAUAAAAUAACUAGUUCUAAA